AUGCUGUUGUUCGUGUCACAGAGUACUGUUCAGUCUGGGAUAGGCUAUCAACCAGCCGAAAGUGCACCACAGAAGUUUGACGAGGUCUUUUCGCAAGUUACGUUGCUGGAAGUAACUACACAAAAAAUGGCUUACAGAGAAGUCCUUCACUCAUCAUCUGACGAUGAUUCAAGUAGCAGUGAUGAGGUUUGCUGGAAACGGAAAAAAUCAGAUGUGCAUCUUUCACCAGUGAAAGACGAUUCGAAUGUAAAUAUCCCUCAGAAACGUACUAAAAGGUGUCCUAAUAAUAUUUGGUUGAAUGUGAUCGAUGAAUUCAAAUUGCGUGAUUCUUUAUCCAUGUCUCAUUUGCAUGAAAAACGUGAUACUAGUCGGGGUGUUGAAAGUUAUUUAGUCGAUACAGAUGAAACUGAUGAAAGGUUGAAUACUAAGAAGUUAUCUAGUCAACCAGAAUUACCUGCCAGAUUAUUGAAUGAACCUAAUCAGGAUUUGAUAAGACGAACAGUUGAUAUUCUCGGUGUCCAACGAGCCCUUGAAUUUUAUUAUCUUACAGAGGAUAUUGAAAAUAGUGGAGGUCUUUAUUUAAUGGAUGGAUCUCGUCGACGAUCACCUGGUGGCGUAUAUCUUAAUCUAAUCAAAAAUUCGUAUUCAGUAACAAAAGCAGAGAAAGUAUGCAUCUUUCUAAUUGAUAGACAAGUAAAAGAAAAAUUAAAAAGGAUCCGUAGAUACACUAAUCGCAUGCUAAAUCGUAAGAAUGUCGAGGUUUCACAUGAAAUCCAACAAAGUGUAACUGAACCGCCGGAAUCAGACUGUCUUCCUUUGUUAGAUAUAAACAAUUCUGAAGAACCAGUUAUUUUGGAAGGCGAAAGUUCACAGCUUUCAUCUCCUAUAAUUACAAUGAAUACAAUUCCAGUAAGUCCAUGUCAAAAGUCUCAUGAUCCUGAUGAGAGUAUGGAAGAAGGUGAACUACCGCCUAGUGAUGAUGAUAUGUAA